AAGCUCUUGGCGUCAGCGAAAACAUUUAUAACGGAAAACUCCUGGCGUGUGGACGUGUUUAGACGUGUCGUGGCCUCUGAUUUUUGUCGCGCCUUUCGCCUGCUCUGCUUGCGUCUUUAGUGUAUUAUUCAGAUUCGUAUUAUUCUUUCUGCCGAGUGCUGUCCCCCGUAUAUCACUGCUUGACGCGCACUCCCACCAUACGACCAUACGACCACUUAGUAUUCCAUUCGCGAAAAAUAAUAAGAAACAAAAUGAAAUAAAAUAAAAAGAAAUUCAAACAAAACAAAAAACAAAAACAAAAGAUAUAUCCCUCCCAUUCAUCUUGUUGCCAAAUUACGGGUACAUUGUAGUUCUAAUUGUGAAGCAACCUUGAAAUUUUCUAAGCACGCUGGAAGUUGCAUAAAAAACAACAAACACAAAUUAUUAAGUGGCGUCUUUUGGACAAUUGCAAUGUGACUUUCGAAGUGUAAACGAAGCUUUGUUGUAGUUUUGUUUGCCAAAAAGAGAAUCAGGUGAAUACCGUCGCGACUAAAAGGUUGUAUUCAAUCGAAUACCCCCAUACUGAAAAAAUACCACAGAGGACUGCGAGUUCUAUUUUGGAUUAGAUUACUGAUCUAAAGGAUUUAAGAAGCACAGAAAUGGGCACUAUCGAGAAACGUUCAUUUUCCUUCCGCCUGCGCCGCUCCUUUGGCGAUGGAGGCAGCACCAAUAGUCGCAACAGCAACAACAACAGCAGCACCUGCACCAAUCACAACAACCAGAAGCGAUGCAGCACCCCCUUGACACCCACCAGCACCAGUACGGGACGGCUGGAGGUGCCCGGAGCUGCGUCCGUGAGCCGUCGGAGCAGCAUCUACAAGAAGCCGGACAAGAAUGAUGGCGGACAGAUCCAUUUGAUACCGGAUGUGGAGCUGCCGCUGAUGACGUUCGCCGAUCAGUACAACAUUGAGAAGACACUGGCGGAGGGAUGUUUCGCCAAGAUCCUGCUGUGCCGCCACAGGCCCACCAAUACGCUGGUGGCCCUGAAGGCAGUCCAUGCGGAAUUGACCACGAUCAAGGAGUUCCAGAAGGAGUUCCACUACAACUACGAGCUGUCGCACCAUCACCACAUCCUGAGCGCAUACACGGUGGCCUUCCAGACCAUGGACUACUACGUGUUUGCGAUGGAGCAUGCCCCGUACGGGGAUCUGGCCUCGAACAUCGGACCCAAUGGCCUGCAUGAGAAUGCCUGCAAGUUAAUAUCCGAGCAGUUGAGCUCGGCCCUGGGCUUUAUGCACUCGAAGAAUCUGGUGCAUCGCGAUCUGAAGAUCGAGAAUAUUCUGGUGUUUACGCCGGACUUUACCAGGGUGAAGCUGUGCGACUUUGGGGCCACCACCAAGAAGGGUCUGCUGGUGCACAAGGUGAAGCACACGUGGACCAGCUGUGUGCCGCCGGAGCAGCUGGAGCUGAUCAAGAACGAGCGCUUCCAGUGCCUGCCCAUCAGCGAUUCCUGGCAGUUUGGCAUCUUGCUGUACAACAUCCUCACCGGCAAUCCCCCCUGGCAGUCCGCGGACUGGGUCAAGGAUCAGUCCUAUGCCAACUUCAUGAAGUACGAGCAGCGCAAGACGACCAAAGUGCCGGACAGUUUCCGUCGAUUUUCGCCCCGUUUGAUGCGCUGCUUUCGCAAGUAUCUUAGCCACGAUCCGGAGGAUCGCUGCAAGAUCACCGAAGUGACCAAAUACAUGAAGGACCGCUGGGUUGAGUGCCGCAUCUCUACCUCCAAGUCAGCCACCCUCAUCUCGCCCACCCACCACGACCAGGACUCAUGCAUCUAUCUGAACCAGCGCGAGGGCCGACUCUCGGGCGAUGAGAACAAAAUCAGAUUCAAGCGCAUGAUGUCCAGCUAUGGCCUGGACAUACCCAUCGAUCCGACCAUGGUUCGACGGCGGGUCUGGGACUGGCUAUCCACCUGCGAUGCCAGCUUUGAUCCAGAUGUCGAGAGCUUGCAUGGGCUGGAUAUGAUUCAUUAGAGAGAGCUCUGCCAUUGAGAGAGCUUCUUAUAUCUAAUAUAAUCCUCUGCGGAACUGUUUGAAUUUGUAGAUCUAUGAGAUCGUAUUUGAUAUAACUAAAAAUAUUUAUAAAUGUUAGCGAAAUUUGCUAUAGGUAUUUAAUUUAGUAUGAAUUAAUGUACGGUUAAGGAAACCCAGCAAAAAACAAACAAAAAACACGUCAACGGAUUACUUUCCACUAGUGUUACCUUUCUAGUCUUCCGCCACGAUGAUUUUCUUCGAUAUAUUCUAUAUAUAUGUAUGAUGUGUGAUUUACGCGUUACUUACUUUAUAUAUACGAUACAUAUACGGUACGAUACCAACUAAUGCAAUUAUUUAGAUCUAGAAUUUAUAUAUGUAUACAUACUCCGAUAUUUGUAGAGAGCAACUAAGGGAUGACCAAUUACUAGACGUUUAAGUUUUGUUGUAUAUUUGUAGUAGAUAAUCUUAAUGUCUAUCUGUAAUCUGUAACUCUCUACCCAGACGAUACGAUAUAUCCAUAGUCCUUCUAUGUGUAUCAUCGAAAUUUUGUAUAUAUUCUCCUACGAUUGCAUACGACUUUACUAUAAAUUAUAUUGAUAUCCUAUGUAUACCAUAUACCAUAAAAAAAAAACUGCAACAAAUAUAGAACCUUAA